AUGGCGGCGACCGAGCAUGCGAUCCCCGUCCAUGAACCGAUGGAACUCCCAUCUCUCCCGCCCAACCAGGGGUUGGAGGCGAUGAAGGAUAUUGUGUUCGGCUCCGCUGCUGGCAUGGCAGGCAAGCUGAUCGAAUACCCCUUUGACACCGUCAAGGUUCGCCUUCAAUCUCAACCCGCACACCUUCCUCUCCGAUAUACCGGUCCCCUGGACUGUUUCCGUCAGUCGUUCCAAGCAGAUGGCUUCAAGGGACUGUAUCGCGGCAUCAGUGCCCCCAUGACGGGUGCCGCCGUGGAAACCAGCUGUCUUUUUUUCAGUUACCGCCUAAUCCAGGAUGCAAUGCGCGUCACAGUAUUUCCCGGGAUGGAACAAUUGCCUUUCCCGGCUCUUAUUGCUGCCGGCGCUGCAUCAGGCUCUGAUGCAAGUCCCUGUCGAGGCGGGAUGUUCCCCCCUCGUCCCGCCGCGCUCAUCGCAGCCGUUUUCCGACAGGACGGACUGAUUGGAUUUUGGCGCGGUCAGACGGGAACUCUCAUCCGAGAGACCGGAGGCAGUGCCGCCUGGUUCGGUGGCUACGAGGGUGUUUCAUCCCUCUUCCGGAAAUACAACUCGUCCAGUUCCCACACCGACUCUCUAUCCGUCUGGCAGCAAAUGAUUGCUGGAGCCACGGCGGGCAUCAGCUACAACUUCUUGUUCUACCCGGCCGAUACCAUCAAGUCGCGCAUGCAGACGGAAGAUAUCUCGCGCCUCCCAGCCAACGGGGAGCGACAGACCUUUUGGAAUGUCACUCGGUCCGUGUGGAGGCAGCAGGGCUUGAAGGGCAUGUAUCGCGGGUGCGGGAUCACUUGCGCACGCUCAGCUCCCAGCUCGGCCUUUAUCUUCUCUGUUUACGAAGGAUUACGAUCAUAUUUUUGA